CAACUUCCCUUUCGGCUAAGACGGACCACGCUUCCCCUGUCGCUGGCCCCAGGUCUCCCUCGCGCUGCUGGACUCCUCCUGACCCCAUCAGGGACGCCCACACCGAAUCUUCCAGGCCCGCGCCGCGUCCUUGGGACCACCGGUACCUUGUGCGCCCCGACUGCCACCCCGCGCAACGCACGGCCUCGGGGGAGGCGCCUCGCGGGCGCCCCCGGCCGGGAUGCCAGUGCCCGGAGCCCUGCGCGCUUUCGCCCGCUCCUGGGUUCCGCAGCCUGCCCAGCGGCCGCUCUAACAUUCGGGGCGCCUUUAUACCGAGCUGGCUGGGCGCUCUCUAAUCUUUAACUCGGGGCUGAAACUUGGAAGCGCCCAGUGACUCCGCGCUCCCAGCAGCGGGCAGGACGCACGUCUCCGCGGCUCACGGUGCCUUUUGCCCGCGCUGCGAGUCAGGAAAGCCGGUCACGAGGAGACGCCGAAGAUGAAGACACAGUGGAAGGUUCUCCUGGGACUGCUGUGUGCUGCUGCGCUUGUCAGUGCCAUCACCGUGCCCUUGGUUCUGCUGAACAAAGCCAAUGAUGCUGCAGCUGACAGUCGCAGAACUUACACUUUAAAUGAUUAUUUGAAAAAUACUUUUAAGGUGAAAGCUUACUCCUUACGGUGGACUUCAGAUCAUGAAUAUCUCUACAAACAAGAAAAUAAUAUCUUGCUAAUCAAUGCUGAAUAUGGAAACAUCUCUGUUGUCUUGGAUAACAGUACAUUUGAUACAUUUGGACAUUCUAUAAAUGAUUAUUCAUUAUCUCCUGAUGGACAGUUUAUUCUCUUAGAGUACAACAACGUAAAGCAAUGGAGGCAUUCCUACACAGCUUCAUAUGACAUUUAUGAUUUAAAUAAAAGGCAAUUGAUUACAGAUGAAAGAAUUCCGAACAACACACAAUGUAUCACAUGGUCACCAGAGGGUCAUAAAUUGGCAUAUGUUUGGAAAAAUGAUGUUUAUAUUAAAAAUGAACCCAAUUUACCAAGUCACAGGAUCACACGGACUGGAAAAGAAAAUGUAAUAUAUAAUGGCAUCAUGGACUGGGUUUAUGAAGAGGAAGUCUUCAGUGCCCACUCUGCUCUGUGGUGGUCUCCAAACGGCACUUUUUUAGCAUAUGCCCAGUUUAAUGAUACAGAAGUUCCGCUUAUUGAAUACCCCUUCUACUCUGAGGAGUCACUGCAGUACCCAAAGAUUGUGCAGGUUCCAUAUCCAAAGGCAGGUGCUGUGAAUCCAUCUGUGAGCUUCUUUAUUGUAAAUACAGACUCCCUCAGCCCCACCACCAAUGCAACUUCCCUAGAAAUCGUUGCUCCUGCAUCUUUGUUAAUAGGAGAUCGCUACCUGUGUGACGUGACGUGGGUAAGCCCAGAAAGGGUUUCACUGCAGUGGCUCAGAAGGAUACAAAACUACUCAGUCAUGGAUAUCUGUGACUUCGAUGAGUCCAGUGGAAGAUGGGCGUGCCCAGUGGCACGGCAGCGCAUUGAAACGAGUACUACUGGCUGGGUUGGAAGAUUUAGGCCUUCAGAGCCUCACUUUACUCCUGAUGGUAAUAGCUUCUACAAGAUCAUGAGUAACGAAGAGGGCUACAAACACAUUUGUCAUUUCCAAAUAGAUAUAAAAGACUGCACAUUUAUUACAAAAGGACCCUGGGAAGUCAUCGAGAUAGAAGCUGUCACCAGUGAUUACCUAUACUACAUUAGUAAUGAAUAUAAACAAAUGCCAGGAGGAAGGCAUCUUUAUAAAAUCCAACUUAAUGACCCCACAAAAGUGACGUGCCUUAGUUGUGAGCUGAAUCCAGAAAGGUGUCAGUACUACUCAGUAUCAUUUAGUAAAGAGGCAAAGUAUUACCAGCUGAGAUGUUUGGGCCCAGGUCUGCCCCUCUAUACUUUGCAUAGCAGCAGCACUGAUAAAGAACUGAGAGUUCUGGAAGACAAUUCAGCUUUGGAGAAAAUGCUACAGGACAUCCAGAUGCCCUCAAAAAAACUGGACUUCAUUGUUUUUAAUGGAACAAAAUUUUGGUAUCAGAUGAUUUUGCCUCCCCACUUUGAUAAAUCCAAGAAAUAUCCUCUACUAUUAGAUGUAUACGCAGGCCCCUGUAGUCAGAAAGCAGAUGCUGUCUUCAGACUCAACUGGGCUACUUACCUUGCAAGCACAGAAAACAUUAUAGUAGCUAGCUUUGAUGGCAGAGGAAGUGGUUACCAAGGAGAUAAAAUCUUGCAUGCAAUAAACAGAAGAUUGGGAACAUUUGAAGUUGAAGAUCAAAUUGAAGCAGCCAGAACAUUUUCCAAAAUGCAAUUUGUGGACGACAAACGGAUCGCAAUUUGGGGCUGGUCAUACGGAGGGUAUGUAACCUCGAUGGUCCUGGGGUCGGGGAGUGGUGUGUUCAAGUGCGGAAUAGCUGUGGCACCUGUGUCCCGAUGGGAAUACUAUGACUCAGUGUACACAGAACGUUACAUGGGUCUCCCAACUCCAGAAGACAACCUUGACCAUUACAAGAAUUCAACAGUCAUGAGCAGAGCUGAAAAUUUUAAACAAGUUGAGUACCUCCUUAUUCAUGGAACAGCAGAUGAUAACGUUCACUUUCAGCAGUCAGCUCAGAUCUCCAAAGCCCUGGUGGAUGCUGGCGUUGAUUUCCAGGCAAUGUGGUACACUGAUGAAGACCAUGGAAUUGCCAGCAGCACAGCACACCAACACAUAUACACCCACAUGAGCCACUUCAUAAAGCAAUGCUUCUCUCUGCCUUAGCACCUCCAGACAGCAUGCCAUUUAAGGCUUAUUAAAAGUCAUUUUUGUUCUCAUUAUCUCAAAACCACCCUGUCAAGAUGAUGAUCUCAAAGAACAUGCACUCAAAUCAAGAAAUUUAUGGUAACUUUUGUUCCCAGAUUUUUAGCUAUAACCCUAAGUAGGGGCUUCUGUCCUCACAAAAGAUUAUUGCUUUAAAGAAGUUUGAAUUGUUCAGUCUGGUUUUGUUUAUCAUUUAAAAUCAUUUUCACGUCAGCUGCUGAAAUAACAUCAACAAAAAAAAUACGAAUUAUUUUUAUGUGAGCUUUGCAUAGGUUGUCUGGACAGCAUUUUCUUUCUCUCUAACUAGCCUAGUCCAAAUCUUGUUCUCUUCUUUAAAGGGAUGGCAUAAUGUGGGCAGUGAUGUCACUGAGGCAGGAGCAAGAAAAGGUAGGGAUAGAGAAAGCAGAUAGGAUAUCAGCCUGACCAGACUACUGCCAGCACCUGUUAGAGAAGAGCUUCUUAUAGCCAGACUGGCAAAGUUUUCUGAGAAACACUGUUCAAACCACCUCAGGAAAUCAUACAUGCAAAGCACUGACUUCUGAGUAAAACCACAGCACUUGAACAGACUCCAAGGAAAUGCAAGGGAAACUGCCAACAAUGCAAGGCCCCCAGGUGUCAGUUACGGCUAUAGGUGCUACAAAAACACAGCAAAGGUGAUGAGAAAGCAUUUCAAAUGUGUUUUUAAAAAAGACUGAUGUUUCCUAAUGAAUAGGCAGCUUGAACUGCGAUGUGAACACAUCAGCUUAGCCUGUUAAAAGAUGAAAAUAUUUGUAUCGCAACUCCUAACUUGAAGUUCUUGCAUCAAUUUUUCUUAUCUCAUUUCUUUGAGCAUCUUAAUUAAAAGAGUAUUUUAACUUCCUUGGACUCAUUUCACAAAACUGAAAAGAAACUAGAAUGCUAUGUAUUAUUAUCCCAAUUUUACAUACUGUGGAAUUUCCCUUGGUCAUUUAAUAAAUGUGCCUUCAGUUUUUCAGAAGUAAUGAGUUGUGUCUUGAAUCAGACCUAAACCACACUGGCAUGUGGACAUGUUUAUCUAGAAAGGCUUUUGUUUUUUUUGUUAGCUAUCCCAAACUACCUUUUAAACAUGGAGGGAAUUCAGCUUUUGUAAAAACUUGAUAAUAAAAAUGUGUUAAAUUAA